AAGGCAUCCUUUACACUCCCCCCUACACCCCAUUCGAACUCCCCAAGAUAAGAGUGAAGGAGAGAGCCACAUAACCAAGAUAAGCCAAAGAGAGAGCAAGCUGUCCGCAGGCUCGUUCUUCAGUACGUAGCUCUGAUUGUUUGAGCCAUAACUCGAGAUUCACUCGUCCAAUUAAGGCGUAUAAGAUACCAAAAGAAAGCUCUCAAGACGAGGAAUCCGUGUAUGUCUGGUUUGCAUCAAUCGGAGUAGUGGAAGGCUUCCAAAUCGUCCGAGCAAAACACAACCUCGCAGAAUACGUUUUUGUAUUCAAAGUUAGGGAACGAAUUCGUCGGGAAACACCCGUUCUAGGGACUGUUUUUGCGUCUUCGGUUAGGAGUUGAACUAGCACUUUGAGGGGGCUGUUUAACACUCAAUUCCAAGCAAGGAACCAGUUCUAAAACCUUCUUGGCCGAGGCUUUGGUCGUUGGAGCGAGAAGGAAGGUUUUAAAGCUCAUUUGAGGUUGAGGCUAGAGCUUGCUUCCUGUGCUCGUUGCUCGAGAGAUCAUAUAGGAGGGAAGACUUGUGAUGGAGGGUGAUGGUGGUAUUAUGAAUAGGGAGAACUCGGAAGGGUUUGCACCGGGUGGAACCGGGCAUGCCAACCGAGAAAAGCCCGUAGGAAUAAAGGUUCACGAAAUUCUAGAAGCUCAAAUCGUGAGUGGCGGUCAUGUUAGAACCAAUGAAGAAUCACCUUGUCAUAGCAAAAUUGAAACACUCAAGGCUUCGGGUGACGAGGGAGAUGAUUUGAGUGAUGAGAACCUUGAUGGUGCACCCAUUGAACAAAUGGGCAUGGUCAUAGAUUGGCUUCAACGUGAACGUGUGAGGCUUAUACAAAAAACGCCAAGCUAGGCAAGCUGAGGGCAUACCGUUAGUAAGGAAAAGGAGGUGGGGAGACAACGAUUCCCAAAGACAUUCAAGAAGGACAAACGUUGAGGGUGACAAAACCUUCAGGGCGCAGACACUAUCACUUGAGUGGAGUCGGGGCUCGGGUGGCCAGAACUCGAGGUCAAAGGGUCCGAGGGUACCUAGGUGCAACAAUUGCAAGAAACACCACUCGGGUAAGUGUCACGACCCUCCUAGGUGCUAUCAUUGCACAGAGGUCGGGCACACGAGAGUGAGCUGCCCACAAAUUGUGCAAAACCAAACUUCGGGGUCAAGUGGUGGAACUACAAGAAAUGAAAACCAAACCAAGGUUUCUCAAGGGAGCAGGGGACAUGGGGGAGCAAGCACGAGCAACGCGCCAUCCGUGAACCAAGGAAGGACCCAAGCUAGGGUCUAUGCGAUGACAGAGGCGGAUGCUCAAGCUAACCCGGAUUCCGUUGCAGGUAUUGCCUCUCGUAUACUAGUGUUUUAUCCUUAAUUAGUCCAUAAAUUAAGGUUACUAAUCGUUGGGAUCAUUGCACGAAAUUUUGGGAUCAAACGGAGCGAAAUCGGGCGAAAGACGGCUGAUUUCCGCCAACGCACACCAGGCUGGACCAUACGCACGGCCGUGCGUUGUCCGUGCGUUGGUCCGUGCGUUGGUGGCAGUAGCAACCGGGAAGAAAUUGCUAUACGCACGGCCGUGCGUUGUCCGUGCGUUGGUCCGUGCGUUGGUGGCAGUAGCAACCGGGAAGAAAUUGCUAUACGCACGGAUGUGCGUUGUCCGUGCGUUGGUCCGUGCGUUGGUGGCAGUAGCUCCGUUUUGAGGUUAUAAGACACGCACGCCGUGCGUACCUCCUAGGCACGCCGUGCGUACCUCCUGGACAGCCCAAAGUCGACUUUUUCGCGCCGUAUUGCAACGUUAAGACCCGUUCUUGAUCCCAAACACGUGUGUGAACAUAAUAAACCUCUCUAAAUGAGUAGGGGGGGGUAGGAAAGAUGUCUUACAUGGUUCAUGAAUGUAGGGACACUAAAGAUUAAUGGGAAGGAUGCGCGAAUCCCUAUCGAUACCGGGGCGCAACGUUCAUUUGUGAAUGAAGCGUUCGCCAAGAGUUUGGAAGUGCAAUCCGCACCAUUGAUGCAAACCUUAGUGGUAUCAACACCACUAGGGGAUGACGUGGAAACAACUCGUUACUAUCCAUCUUGUGGGGUGGAAGUUAAUG